AAAAAAGUCUUGAUCUCUCGUAAUUUUGCUUUAGCUUACAAUGUCGUCGAAAAUUUUGACUGUCUUCCUCCUCCUAUCUCUUGUCUCGAUGCACCAAAUCCCCGUGGUGACAUGCAGACAAUGGUGUAUGGCGAUGCCUAAUGUUUCAGAUGAGCAGUUACAAGCCAACAUUGACUACGUUUGCAACAACGGCGUGGAUUGUACACCGAUUCAACCAGGGGGAGUAUGCUAUGAACCAAACACUCUUUAUAACCAUGCGUCGUAUGCGAUGAACGCUUAUUACCAGAAUCAUGGUCGCGUGGAAGACUCUUGCAGGUUCAACCGCAGCAGUUGUUGGGUGUUUGUCGACUCAUGUGUGUACUAG